GCUGCUGACCAACUGUUCCCGCCGUCAUUUCAGGGAUUGGACGUGCCAACGCUGUGUCGCGCGCAAAACCAGCCAGCCGCUCAUAGAGAGACGCUUCAACUACAAUGCUCGCGUACCAAUAGAUAUAGCGUCUUUGGGCAAGAAACCCUCAUCAGAUAAGCCACGGCCUGCAACUCGCCUUCCCAGCCAGGACCCCGGACACGGCCCCGGGCUAGACAAAAUGGAGUGUUCGUAUCCAAACUGCGCGCAACCCAAAGCGCCCCAGGACAUUAUGUGUCCCAUGCACAUGAACGGGUUCACCAAUGCUGCCAGCGCCCGCCCACUUGACAGAGAGUCGGAUGCGGGGUCUGCUGCACCGUCGCCGUCGACAUCGAGAUCGGCGUCCUUGACGGCAUCCGCGUCCGCGUCCGUGUCCGCGUCCGUGUCAACAACCCUGUCAGCACCUACCGCGCCUGCGCAAGGAGCGUUGCCCGCACCCCACACAAAUUCAGUGCCGAGCUCGGGUCGCCCGAGCCAUGUGCCACCCGCCAUACCUAACAAACUUCUGUCUGAAAACGACAAGUCUCGCCCAAUUCUCAGGCGUAAAACAGCAAAGGCCUCCAGUACGCCCACAUUCUCCGUUUUCAAGCCUUACACGCCUUAUGUCUCGGGCGAGAACACUCCGGCAGCCCCAUCUAAGCCGCCUCUUCUUACUCCGUCAGUACACUCUCCGCCGGCCAGCCCAGACGCUCCGCGUGACGGAGAGCCGGCGAGAAAGAAACAGAGAUUAACGCCUUCCGUGGAUGGCGUGCCUGAUGGCCAGCCAAACGGAGCACGAGCAUCUGACCCCGCCAAGCCGGAAGAAUCUGGUGUCAGAGAAAAGACGGCAAAGGUUCUUUUGAAUGCACAAUCCGGCCGUCACGCGUCCCACUCCCAAACUCAGAGGCCAGGGAAAACGCUCGAGACUGAGGGCAUAAACGGUUUCAAACUGACUGUCAAGCCGGUGAGAAAAAUGGCACCUCCCAUAUCAUCUAACGUGAGGUUCUUCCCCGGUUUGGAGGGCUCCUCCUCGGAGCCUGAGCGGCCGCCCAGGGAGCAGCCUCCUCGACAGGAGCCCCCGGUGAACGGGACUUCGGCAUCGGUUUCAAGGCGCACGCCUGAAGAGGGCGUCUUUCUUGGCAAUAAGGGGCUGCAAGAUUUCUGGAAGUCUGGUAAAAUCAAUCAAUCAUUGUCCCCAGUUUCACACACGGAACCACGGUCAGCCUCGCCGUAUCAGUCAAGGCCGUUUCAACCAAUAUUACAGAAGACCCCGGCAGUCAACGGCCAGAACCACAAUGCCCAAAACCGGCCCGAGAACUCAACUUAUCAGGUUUCAGGCUCCGAGAAAUCAACGAAUGAGAGGCCCUCGACCGACGAUUUCCCUUUGACUGUAGAUGGGCCAAAAACUAUUUUCUUCAGCCCGCCGGAACCCCAGACACAGCCAGUAACCUGGGUGAAUGGGGCCCCCACCUUGAAGUUACCGGUGCAACCUAACGGAAUUUCGAGGCAAGAGCCGAUGCGGCAAAUGCCGUUUAACAUUCAUACGAAGAAGCAGCAGCAAAAGCAGCAGCAGCGUCAGCCGGGUCAGUUCAAAGCGUUGGAUCUCGGUUUGCUUGAUAGCUUCAUCUACAACCAAGAAGGCGCAGCAAAGCCUCCCCCAGGCCUUGUGCUUCGGCCAGCAGUUUCUUUGGCAAAAAAGCCCGAGACUCCGGUCAAGGAGGACGAGCCGCUAUAUGCCGACAUCGACCCCCGCAUCCACUGGCCGCAGCCGCGCUCGGAGGCAUGGCACGAGGCCAAGCAGAACGAGAUCAAGGAACGCGGCGGUCGUAAAGCCCAGUUCGGCAAGGCAGCGCUACGGCUGCGGCAGCAGCGGCUGGAGGAAGGGGAGCCGGACUCUUUCGAGGAAACGCUGCCCGACAAGAUUGCGGAAAACCCCGCGUGGGUGCGGAUGUUGAAGCGGCUUCAUAACAUAGAAGGCGAAAUCGCGGCUAGCGGCGGUGCAAAUGGGGUAGGCAAGCGGGGACGGCGGAGGGCGGGGGAUGUUGGGCUGUGAAGCGGCGAGAGAGAAAGCUGCGGUUACUCGGCUCGUCUCUAGCUACAAUUUCUCGGAGUGAGAUUUGAUAGUCGAAGCGAAUUUCUAGGAAACUGCACCUUCGAACUUCGAAACCCAAGACGAACGAGCAAGCAAGCA